CUUACCACGUGGUUUAGCGGCAUUUUCAGUUCUUAAAAAUGGAUGAAAAUAUCAAAGAAGAGGAAGUUAAAGAUAUUAAACCUUCUACGAGUGGAGAUGUUUUAUUUCCCAACAAUAAUAAAUAUGGACAUAUUCGGAAUAAAAUGGUUCGAAACGUUCGAUUUCAAAAGAUGAAAAAGGAAGCAAGCAAAGAAAAGAAAGCAAUUAAAAAACAACGCAAAGAAGAAGGAGCACCAAAAGGAAUCCCUCACACUUUAGAAAGUUUACGAGAAAAAGAUGAAACCGUAGUUGGUGAUUUAAACGAUGAUUCCAAUGAAGUAGUCCGUGUUGAUUUAGAAAAUGACGAAUUUAGCGAUUAUUAUAAACACUCAUAUGAACCGAAAGUUUUAAUCACAUUUUGCGAUAAUCCCAUGCAAAAGACAAGAAUAUUUGGGCGUGAAUUAACGAGAAUUAUUCCUAAUUCGAUUUCAAGGUAUAGAAAUCGUUCUGGGGUGAAGAAAAUUGUUAAAAGCGCAUUAAGAGAGAAUUAUACAGACAUUUUGAUUAUUAAUGAACAUAAAAAAGAACCGGAUGGUUUACUUUUAAUUCAUUUACCUGAUGGCCCAACAGCUCAUUUUCGAUUAAGCAAUGUUAAAAUAACUAAAGAUUUAAAGAAAAGUCAUAAAGAUAUUACUAUACAUCGACCAGAAGUUAUUAUUAAUAAUUUUUCAACAAGAUUAGGGCACACUAUUGGUAGAAUGUUAGGGGCCUUAUUUCAUUAUGAUGCUGAAUUUGUUGGAAGACGAGCUGUUGCUUUUCAUAAUCAAAGGGAUUAUGUCUUUUUUAGACAUUACAAGUAUACAUUUAAUGAAGAUGGGAAAAAAACCAGUUUAAAAGAAUUAGGUCCAAGGUUUACUUUAAAAUUAAAAUCUUUACAAAAAGGUACAUUUGAUAGUAAAUAUGGACAAUAUCAUUGGAUUAUUCAGGGGAAAAGGCAUGGUAUGGAAACAAGUCGAAGAAGAUUCUUUUUAUAAAAUUAAUUUAUGUUUAAUUAAUAAAUUCAAUAAACAAGUUUUCAUUGUA